CGGAAGUGAAAGCUGGCAAAGUUAACACCAUUUUAGAGAUUUUGUUCGACGGACGAAAUGGACAGUCGUUGUUGGACUUAGAACACUGAUAUUUUGGAAGAACCUACUUUGUGGUCAAGAGAGACUCUCGCACUGCUGCUGGGAUGAGUGACUCUCAGGAGAGAGAGGAGGCUGCAGGUCCCAGUGAGACACUCAGACCAGAGUCUGCAGAACACGGCUUUAGGACCAUGAAGAAUGCUGAAGACAUGGCUGAUCCUGGGUCACCAACACACUCUGGUGGAGGACCUCCAUCUCCAGUGCCCAGCUGUGUGUCCAUGAAGAGUGAUAAGUCCAUGCCUAAAGGUCCAGACUUCAGCAGUGAACCACCACACUCUGAAUCCAAAUCAGAGACACACAGACCUCCAUCUCCAGUGCCCAGCUGUGUGUCUAUGAAGAGUGAUGGGUCCAUGUUUAAAGGUCCAGACUUCAGCAGUGACCCACCACACUCUGAAUCCAAAGCAGAGAAUUCUUUUGGUUUGUUGCACCAGACGCUCCCAGACGCCACCAUGAUGAGCUCCAUAAGUGAGUUGACGGCUGAUCAGUCGAUGGGUGGAGUGCAUGAACAGGUACCGAGUGACACCAUCACCUGUGAACACAACAUCAACAAAAACACAGAUAACGAGGUCCUGGGGAGAGUUAAAGAGAACCAUAAAGCCAGUCUGAAGAGGAGGUUUGAGAACAUAUCUGAAGGCAUCAUCAAAGCAGGAGCUGAGAUACUCCUUAAUGAGAUCUACACAGAGCUCUACAUUACAGAGGGAGAGAGUGAAGGUGUGAAUAAGGAACAUGAAGUCUGGCAGGUAGAGUCAGCAUCCAGAGAACACACCACAGAAGACAAACCGAUCAACUGCAAUGAACUCUUCAAGCCCUUACCAGGACAGAAAAAGUGCAUUAGAACUGUGAUGACCAAAGGUGUUGCUGGCAUUGGAAAAACAGUCUCAGUGCAGAAGUUCAUUCUUGAUUGGACAGAUGGUGUAGCUAAUCAGGAUGUAGAUUUCAUGUUUCCCCUUCCUUUCCGUGAGCUGAAUUUGGUGAGGGGUGAACAAUAUAGCCUUCACAGACUCCUGCUUGACUUCUACCCUGAGCUGAAGGAGCUGAAUGAUGGUGAAGAAUAUAAAGACUGUCGGGUUGUGUUAAUCUUUGAUGGUUUGGAUGAGAGUCGAUCGUGUUUUGAUGUUCAAAACAAUGUGAUAUCUGAUUUAAAACAAAUAUCAUCAGUGGAUCUUCUGAUGACGAGCCUCAUUCAGGGAACUGUGUUUCCCUCUUCACUCAUUUGGAUAACCUCACGACCAGCAGCAGCCAGUCAAAUUCCUGCUCAGUAUGUUGACCGGGUAACAGAAAUACGAGGAUUCAAUGACCCACAGAAGGAAGAGUACUUCAGGAAGAAAAUUAGUGAUGAGAGUCAGGCCAACAGAAUUAUCUCACACAUUAAGGCAUCCAGGAGUCUCCACAUCAUGUGCCACAUUCCAGUCUUCUGUUGGAUUGCAGCCACUGUACUUCAGCAGAUGCUGGAACAGGACAACACCCAGGAAAUACCCACAACUCUGACUGAGAUGUUCAUACAGUUCUUGCUCAUCCAGACCACCAGAAAGAAUCAGAAAUAUCAGAAAAGACAUGAAGCAGAUCAGAAUAAGCUCUUGAAAUCACAAACAGAACUCAUUCUAAAGCUAUCAGAAUUGGCUUUUAAAAAUCUAAACAAAGGUAAUCUGAUAUUUUAUGAGGAAGACUUGGAAAAUUGUGGCAUUGAUGUUAGUGAAGCCUCAGUGUACUCUGGAAUGUGUACUGAGAUCUUCAAGGAAGAGUCUGUGUUUCACCAAAGGAAAGUCUACUGCUUUGUGCAUCUGAGCAUUCAGGAGUUUCUGGCUGCACUUCAUGUGUUCAUAUCAUAUCAGCAGAGGGAUCUUGAGACACUACAAAGUCUUUGUAGUGAUAUCAUUGACUGGAAGAUAUUACUGUAUGGGCUUUUGAAGGAGGUAGUGGAGAAAGCUUUGGACAGCAGGAAUGGACACCUGGAUCUUUUCCUUCGCUUCCUAAUGGGCAUCUCUCUGGAGAAAAAUCAGACACUUCUGAAAGGUCUACUGAACCACACACACCGCACCUCAAAGAGCAUUGAGAACAUAUGUCAGUAUAUAAAAGAGCUCAACCGUGAAGAUCUCUCUCCUGAAAGAUGCAUCAAUCUUUUCCAUUGCUUGUUUGAACUGAAUGAUCAUUCCAUGCACCAAGAAAUUAAAAAAUAUCUGGAGUCACCAAAGGAUUUCAAAGGUCAAUUGUCUCCUGCUCACUGUUCAGCACUGGCCCACAUGCUUCUGAUGUCUGAGGAGGUGCUGGAUGAGCUGAUUGAUCUGAAGAAAUACAACACAUCAGAUGAGGGACGCAAGAGACUGAUCCCAGCUGUGAGGUGUUUCAGAAAAGCACGACUUGCUGGCUGCAAACUCACAGAUAAGUCAUGUGAGCUUUUGACUUCAGUUCUACAGUCUCCAAAUUCCCUGAUAGAGCUGGACCUGAGUCACAAUGACCUGGGAGAUUCAGGAGUUCAGCUUCUCUCUAACGGACUGUCUAGUCCCCACUGCAAGAUGCAGAUAUUAAGGCUCUGUAAGUGUGGUUUCUCAAGUGAAGGAUAUGUUUGUCUUGCUCUGGCCCUGAUGUUAAACCCCUCCUGUGUGAAAGAGCUGGAUGUGAGCAACAAUCAUCCUGGAGAAUCAGCACAGAAACUGUUAUCUGCUACACUAAAGGAUCCUCACCACAAAGUUGAAGCCCUUCAACUUGCUGGCUGCAAACUCACAUUUAAGUCCUGUGAGCUUGUGGCCUCAGUUCUGCAGUCUCCAAACUCCCUGAUAGAGCUGGACCUGGAAACCAAUGACCUGGGAGAUUCUGGAGCUCAGCUUCUCUCUAAAGGUCUGUCUAGUCCCCACUGCAGACUGCAGACAUUAAGGCUGCAGAACUGCAGCAUUGGAGAGGAAGGAUUCACAGCUCUUGCAUCAGCACUGAGAUCAAACCCCUCACACAUGAGAGAGCUGCGGCUGGAGGGGAGUAAAGCAACAGACUCAGGAGUGAAGCAUAUCUCUUCUCUUCUGGAGGAUCCCAACUGUAAACUGGAGAUACUAAACCUGAGGAACUGCAGCAUUGGAGAGGAAGGUUUCACAGCUCUUGCAUCAGCACUGAGAUCAAACCCCUCACACAUGAGAGAGCUGUGGCUGGAGGGGAGCAAAGCAACAGACUCAGGAGUGAAGCAUCUUUCUUCUCUUCUGGAGAAUCCCAACUGUAAACUGGAGAUACUAGACCUGCAGCACUCCAGCAUUGGAGAGGAAGGCUUCACAGCUCUUGCAUCAGCACUGAGAUCAAACCCCUCACACAUGAGAGAGCUGUUUCUGGAGGGGAAUAAGGCAACAGAUUCAGGAGUGAAGCAUCUUUCUUCUCUUCUGGAGGAU